AUGGUCCCGGAUGAGGCCCACCACUGUUCAGUGGCCUGGGUCAAGAACCGGACUCUGACCCUGAGCGCUGCUGAGCAGCCGGUGCUGAGCGUGCCUGUGGAUGCGGCAGGCAGCCCUGAGCCCUGCCUCCCGUUCCGGCCACGCCCCGACGGUGCCAGCCUGGAGGACACCCUCAGCCACAGCUUCAGUGAGACACAGCCUUGCGAGGCGGGCUGGGUCUAUCGCAGGAGGCCCCUAUCCCUGAAGAAUGAGCUGAACCUGGCCUGUGGUCGGAAGCAUCCGAAGGACACCUCCCAGUCGGUGGACCUGGCUAGGCUCCUCACUGGGGCGCUCAUCGUCGGGCCCCUCUGUGACUGGAUUGGCCGCGAGGCCACUAUCCUGGUGCAGCUGCUACUCUUCGCCAUCCUUGGCAUGGCCGCAGCCUUUGUGCCCGGCUUUGAGCUCUACACGGCCCUGCGCUUUGCUGUGGCCACGGCCGUCGUUGGAUAUAACUUCAGCAGCGUCACCCUACUUGCAGCGUGGGUGGGGCCCUGGUAGAGAACUCAGGCUGUGGUCCUGGCCCAGCGCACCUUCUCCGUGGAGCAGAUGGCCCUCUCAGGACUCGCCCGCUUCCAGAGCUGGAGGCUCUUCCAGAUGGCUGGCGCUGCACGUCUUCCGCUCUUCCUUUACUUCUGGGCUCUGCCGGAAUGUGCACGGUGGCUCCUGACCCGGGGGAGGGUAGAGGAGGCUAAACAACCCAUCCAGAGGGUGGCCUCGGUCAACAAGCGAAAACUCUUCUCCGAGCUCCUGAGCCAGAUGGUCCCAGAGAAGACCGGCCCCACGGGGGAUGCCCUGGAUCUGUUCCGACACCCCCAGCUCCCCGGCACUGUGAUGGCUCUGGUGGGGAAGUUUGCCACGGCGGCCGGAUUUACCAUCUCCUACGUGUAGUCUGCUGAGCUCUUCCCCACUGUCAUCAGGUAAGAACUGCAGACGGGCAUGGGGCUGGUGGGCAUUUUCUCGAGGAUCGGGGACAUCCUCACGCCACUCGUGACCCUGCUGGGUGAGUACCACACGGCCCUCCCUAUGCUCAUCUAUGGCAGCCUCCCCGUCGGGGCUGACUUACUCUGUGCCCUGCUGCCAGAGCCACGUGGCUGGAGCACGAAGGACGCCAUGGGCGACCUGGAGCAGGAGUCCUGCCCACACCCUCUGAACGCAGUGCCCUCGGAAAAGGAUUCCGAGGCCUCAGGAAGUACUUCUAGCCCAGGGGUGGCCUUUAGAGCACCUCUGAGUGUGUCUCUGAAGCCAGAGCAGCAGCAGCAGAGAGUUGCCUGA